AUGGCUGACCAGUCGCCUGAUUACAAAACGCUGUUCCUCGAAGAACAAUGCAGACGCAAAGCCGCGGAGCAGGCGCAGAAUGAGGCAGAGCAGGCGAAGAAUGAGGCAGAGCAGGCGAAGAAUGAGGCAGAGCAGGCGAAGAAUGAGGCAGAGCAGGCGAAGAAUGAGGCAGAGCAGGCGAAGAAUGAGGCCGAAGAGAAAACUCGCAAGACGACUCUUCCAGAGUUUCUCGACGCCUGUCACGAUAAUCUAUACUCCGGUCUCACCGUCCAGACCGAUGCGACCUUGUCGACGCGGGGCGACCCUGCGAAUGCGAAUAACAAGCUUCGACCUGAGAAGCUCCUUCUAUGGAAGGAUUUCCCAGCACAACAAGCAGCGAUUUGGGACAAACUUAUGGGGUCUGACUUCGCGUUAGAGCGACACUUCACCUCGCUGCAUACGUUGAAAGAGUCUGGUGAAGCUAUCCGACGGAAGAUGAUGAGUUCUGAGCUAGAUUUGCAUCUCUUCCAACGUACCACUGUAGACGACCCUGUAACGUCUAUUAUCGAACGAUUAUACGACCAACAAAUACUACGACAGGAGUUUGGACUCAAGGGUUCGAUACAGUUUGAGAAUCACGCCAACACCCUCAGCCCGGAAACGCAACUAGAGAGCAUUAGUUCCAUGACCAUCUCCGGGACUCAGCGACGACGGUCACCACGCCUACAGGCCAAGGCCCAGGCCCAAGACAACUCCGUGGCCGCACCUCGCGCCCCAACAGCACGAUCGUCCCGUCCUCGAGCCGAUCAGUUCUGCGUCUACAACACCAGCACUCAGAAUACAGAGACUCGCGUAGCGGCCUUUAUCACGGAAUACAAACCUCCGCACAAGCUGCCACUCGGGUAUAUAAACGAGGGUUUGGGGGAUAUGGAACUCGAGGAGGUGAUUCUAUGUCGCGAAACGGAUACUCCUCGCGACCACUUUCGCCGGCUGAUGGCUGCAGUCAUCACACAAGCAUUUUCUUAUAUGGUCAAGCUUGGGGUGAAGUAUGGUUGCGUGUGCACUGGCGAAGCUUUCGUCUUCCUACGCAUUCCUGACGAUCCUAGAACGGCUCAGUACUUCCUCUCCGUUCCGAAAGGGGACGUCGGGGACACCACAGGAUGGACAUCGGACUUAGACGGAACAAAUCGCCUGCAUCUAACAGCUGUUGCUCAGAUGCUAGCUUUCACGCUUCAGGCGCUGCAGACACCGCCCCGUAGCCACAAAUGGCGUGCCGACGCCGCCUCUCAACUCAAUGGCUGGGAGGUUACUACCGUCCACCUCGCCACAAUGAGUUCCUUCGCAUGUCACCUAUCCAGCUCCGGCGGAGGCAUACCCCAAUUAGCUCUUCAAGCUGCGCGCGACCGCAGGAUCAGCACGCAGCUAGCGACGAAGAACCCGACUCCGAUACUCCAAGCCGGCGGCAACCUUCACCCCCGCGCCAGCCUCGCACACACGCCGCUACCAGCAGCUCUUCGCCGAGUCAGAGUUCCCAUAGAGGACAAAGUGGACAGUAUUGCACUCAAAACUGCAUACUAG